CACCUCCUCUUCAGCCUCUUGGGGCACCAGGACGUCGUCAGAGACCUGAGCUUCGCUCCCAAUGGAAGCCUCAUCCUUGUGUCGGCCUCGCGGGACAAGACCUUGCGCGUCUGGGACCUGAGCAGAGAUGGGCGGCAGGUCCAGGUGCUGUCGGGCCACGUGCAGGGGGUCUACUGCUGCUCCAUCUCCCCGGACUGCAGCAUGCUCUGCUCCGCUGCCGGAGAGAAGUCGGCGCUGCUGUGGAGCAUGCGGUCUUACACCCUCAUCCGGAGGCUGGAGGGGCACCAGAGCAGCGUGGUGUCGUGCGACUUCUCGCCGGAUUCGGCGCUCCUCGUCACCGCCUCCUAUGACGCCUGCGUCAUCAUGUGGGACCCCUACACCGGGGAGCAGCUGAGGACGCUGCGCCACGUCCCCUUGCACUCAGCGGUGGACUACAGCAGCGAAGUCCACACCAGCUCCCUGCGCUCCGUCUGCUUCUCUCCUGAGGGCCUCUACCUGGCCACGGUGGCGGACGACAGGCUCCUGAGGAUCUGGGCGUUGGAGCUGCGGUCUCCGGUUGCGUUUGCUCCCAUGACCAACGGCCUGUGCUGCAUGUACUUCCCACACGGCGGUUUCAUUGCCACGGGGACGAGGGAUGGCCACGUGCAAUUCUGGACCGCUCCAAGGGUCCUCUCGUCGCUAAAGCACUUGUGUCGCAAAGCUCUGCGCACCUUCCUGACGACGUACCAGGUCCUCGCGCUCCCCAUUCCCAGGAAGCUGAAGGAAUUCCUUACUUACCGGACCUUUUAAGGCAGUGGGGAAAGCGGAGGCAUGGAGGCGAGAGCCCUCUGCCCGGCGGCGGGGCUCGGCCUGGCUCAGAGGAGGCACCGCAGCAACGACGACUCGCCGAUUCGUGAGCCGUGGGGCAGGAGGAUUGCUACUCCCCUUGUUUUGGGGCUGUGUCUGUGAACGUGGAGGGAUUUUUCGGUAUAAUAAUACUAGAACCCAGCGAAAAUGCAUGCAGAGGGCAAGGGGCGCAGCUGCGGCGGCCCCGCAGGGGACACAGGUCCCCCUGUCUCCCUGCCGUCUGCAAGUUUUGGGUCAGGUGCUUUUGCUUCCAAGUGCAAUGUUGUGGGUUGAAGGUUAGCAGCCGCUGUCUGAGCGGAGCUUUUGUCGGUCGUACGAAUACGGGGCUGCAACCGUCCCCGACAAAACCGACCCUCACCGGGACCGGCUUGUACUGUUGCCGGAGGAGCGCGGGCUCUGCCGCUCUCCCGGUCUGGGCGCGAGUUGGACAAACCCGAGCAGGUCUCUGCAGACUAGGCGACAGCGAUGACAGAAUAAAAAAAAUUA